AUGGAAGAGCCAGGGAACUACAGGUCUGUCAGCCUCACCUCAGUCCCCAGCAUGACUGUGGCGCAAAUACUCCUGGAAGACGUCUCCAAGCACCUGAGGGACACAAAGGAGAAACUGGCCGCCAAGAAGAAGCGGAGAAAGGAGCGAGAAGCCCUCGGAGACAAAGCACCUCCAAAAGCCAUACCAAAGACUAUUGAAAAUCAGAGAGUGUAUGACGAAACAACUGUAGAUCCCAAUGAUGAAGAGGUUGCUUUUGAUGAAGCAACUGAUGAAUUUGCACCAUAUUUCAACAGACAGACGGUUCCCAAGAUUCUUAUUACAACAUCAGACAGACCUCGUGGGAGAACAGUGAGAUUCUGUGAACAACUGUCUAGUGUUAUACCUAACUCGCAUGUCUACUAUCGAAGAGGACUGGCUUUGAAAAGAAUUAUUCCACAGUGUAUUGCAAGGGACUUCACGGAUUUAAUCGUCAUUAAUGAAGAUCGCAAAAUACCAAAUGGUCUUGUUUUAAGUCAUCUGCCUGAUGGUCCAACCGCUCAUUUUAGAAUGAGCAGUGUCCGUUUGCGUAAAGAAAUAAAGCAAAAAGGGAAAGAGCCCACAGAACACGUGCCUGAAGUAAUCCUGAACAAUUUUACAACACGACUCGGCCAUUCUGUUGGUCGCAUGUUUGCUUCUCUGUUCCCACAUGAUCCUCAGUUCAUUGGAAGACAAGUAGCUACAUUUCACAACCAGAGAGACUACAUCUUUUUCAGAUUCCACAGAUAUAUUUUCAAGAGUGAAAAGAAAGUGGGAAUUCAAGAACUUGGGCCACGUUUUACAUUAAAGCUGAGGUCUCUUCAAAAAGGAACCUUUGAUUCCAAAUUUGGAGAAUACGAAUGGAUUCAUAAGCGCCGAGAAAUGGACACAAAUAGAAGAAAAUUUCACUUAUAAGGGACAGCUAUCUGCCAGCUGCUGGUGACCAGAAAUACAACUGCUUUGAACUAUGGAUUAUCUCAGGCUCCUAACUAAUGAUAACAAUACUGAACAGUAUCUGUCUGCAGAAAGACAAACU